AUGGAUUCAAAAAUACCAAAAGAAAUGAACUUCAGCGGCAAUAUUGAAGCAAAUUGGAAAAGCUGGAAACAACGACUGUCAUUAUACCUACUAGCAAGUAAUAAAAACACGUGUUCGGACGAAACAAAAACGGCGAUAUUACUCACGUUACUUGGAGAAGAAGGCAUCAAUAUUUAUAAUACAUUUACUGAAAAACAAAUCUAUGACGAGAAGAAAGUCCCAAUAUUUCAAAAAGUAAUUGCGGCAUUCGAUGAGUACUGCCUAGGAAAAAAAAAUAUUGUAUUUGAAAGAUUUAAUUUUCUUAAAUACAAACGCCAACACGGACAAUCACUAGAAAACUUCAUCACACAAUUAAAAUUAUUAGCAGCAUCGUGUGAAUAUGGGCAACUCACAGACUCUAUCAUAAGAGAUCAAAUUAUUAUUAAUACUUCAGAUGUAGUACUCCAAGAACAGUUAAUCAAUAAGUCUGAUUUAUCAUUAGAAAAAACUAUAGAAAUCCUUAAACAAUCGGAAAAUGUCAAACAUCAAAUUGAAAUAAUAAACAAAGGGGAAAAAGAAGAGUCAGAAUAUCCCCAUGUCGAUGCAAUAAAAAGAAAAAACAAAUAUAAUACAAAUAGAAAUAAAGUUACACAAGCAAACUUCCAUUCCAGUCCGGCCUUUGGGAAACAGUGCAAGAAGUGUGCUAAACCCAACCAUUUCGCAAAUGUAUGCCGAUCGAACAAAAUGGUUCAAGAAAUAGCAGAUGAAGAAUGUGCAGAUGAAGAAUGUGCAGCGAUCAACAGCUUGUUUGGAGUCAGCGAAAUCAUUGUGCCCCAGACACAUAGCAUUCAACAACCAUUGUUCGAGGAGAUUAAGGUAGAAAAUAACUAUAUUAGAUUUAAGCUAGACACCGGUUCUCAAGUUAAUUUAAUACCUCUGAAUGUAUAUAAAACACUUAAUAUAAAUAAAUCCUGGAAUAGUACAACUAUUAAACUUGAGGCUUAUGGUGGAUAUAAAUUCAUGCCGUUAGGCUCAAUAAGAUUAAAGUGUGUAGUUAAUAAUAUUAUGGCAUGGGUGACAUUCUUAAUAAUAAAUAAUAGUACCAUACCUAUCCUGAGUCUAGAGGCAUGUGAGAAAUUUAAUCUAAUCAAAAGACACGAAAAGUGUAUCAGCAUGAUCACACAGUGCACUAGCCCAAAAGACAACUUUUUGAUAGAUAAUAGUAGUAUUUUUAAAGGGAUGGGAACAUUCCCGGGCGAACAUACAAUUAAAAUAAACCCCAAUAGUCAAGGAUCUAUCAAACCUGCGAGGAGAUUACCUCAAACAUUAUAUAAAGAUGUACAGGUAGAACUUAAUAAAUUACUAAAGCAUAAAAUUAUAUCUAAAGUUGAGGAACCCAAAGAGUGGGCUAGCAACCUCGUGAUAAUAAGAAAACCAGAUAAAAAAUUGAGACUUUGCAUAGAUCCAUCAGAACUUAAUAAGUCAUUAAAACGAGAUAACUAUUUGAUUCCAACAUUUGAAGAAAUCCACUCUAAACUAAUAAAUAAAAAAAUAUUCACAGUGUUAGACAUUAAAAAGGGAUUUUGGCAUGUGAAACUUGAUAGUAAAUCAUCAGACCUAUGUACAUUCAGUACACCGUUUGGCUAUUUCAAAUUCAACAGACUUCCUUUUGGAAUUGCAACAGCCCCCGAAAUAUUUAUAAAGUUAAAUCAAAAAUAUUUUGGGGAUAUAGAUGAUGAAAACAUCAUAAUUUACUUUGACGAUAUAUUAAUUGCCACUACAGACGAAACAUCUCAUGACAGAGUAUUAAAAAAACUAGUAGAUAGGGCUAAAGCGCUAAACAUUAAAUUUAACAAAGAUAAAUUACAAUUCAAAAAAACAGAAAUAAAAUAUGUUGGCCAUAUUUUCAAUGAACAAGGAGUUUCUCCUGAUCCAGACCAAAUAAAAGCUAUAAGAAUUCAUACCAAAUAUGUCCAAAAUUAUCAGUCCUCUCAGAGAGUUACUAAAAAAAGACACAAUAUGGGUAUGGGAAAAGAGACAUCAAGUGAUGAAUUACAGGAACUUGUAACAACAUCACCAAUACUAACACACUUUAAUCCAGAUAAAGAAAUAACCAUUCAAUGUGAUGCUUCAAAGGACGGGUUGGGAUGUUGUCUUCUCCAGGACAAAAAACCCAUAGCUUUUGCUUCACGUAGCAUGUCAGAAACCGAAAUAUCGUAUACACAAAUCGAGAAAGAAUUUCUUAGCUUAAUAUUUGCAUGUAGGAAAUUUCAUUACUAUAUCUUUGGUCGCACAAUAAAUGCACUAACUGAUCAUAAGCCUUUAGUGUCAGUCAUGCAAAAGGAUGUAAUAAAAAUACCAUCAAAUCGCUUACAGAAAAUGAGACUAAAACUAUUAGAGUAUGACAUUAGAUUAAAAUACCUGCCAGGAAAAAAAAUGCAUAUAGCAGAUCUAUUAUCUAGAGAUUACAUGCAAGAGACCUUUACAGAGGAAUUUGAUACUGGGGCUACGGUGCAUUGUAUAAAUAGAUUUUACAACAAUAAUCUUCUAAAUAUUAAAACAGAAUCUGAAUUAGACCCAGUUCUUAAUAAGAUAAUCGAGUACUAUUACCAAGGUUGGCCAAAUAGGAAACACAUAGAUAAAUCAGUGCAGCUAUACUAUAACUUAAGAAACGAAAUAAUUAUUGAAAAUGGUAUAAUAUAUGUCGCAGAUAAAAUAGUGAUUCCUACUAAGCUAAGGCCCCUCAUACUUAAACUGCUACAUGAAAGCCAUUUAGGAUUAAAUAAAACAAAAUUAAGAACAAAACAAAUUAUUUAUUGGCCGGGGAUGUUUAAUGAAAUUGAACAAUUUAUAAAUAAUUGCAACACUUGCAAUAAAUUUCAAAAUUCAAAUAAAAAAAGCCCUCUAAUUCCUCAUGAAGUUCCAAAUUACCCAUAUGAAAAGGUAGGAGCAGAUAUUCUAUCCUUUGAGGGUACAGACUAUUUAGUUAUUGUUGACUAUUACUCAAAAUGGUUUGAUUUAAUUAAAUUAAAAUACAAGACUGCUAGUGAAAUAAUUAAAAAAAGUAAACAAAUAUUUAGUACACAUGGUAUACCAAAAACCUUCAUAGCUGACAAUAUGCCGUUUAACUCAAGUGAAUUCAUAACUUUUUCUAAAACUUGGAAUUUCACAGUUGUUACAUCUAGUCCCCAUCAUUACCCACAAAGCAAUGGCCUAGCUGAAAGGACAGUACAAACUAGUAAAAAAUUACUUAAAAAAGCCCUAGAAGAAGGAUGUGAUGUAGAGGCAAUGCUUCUAGAAUAUAGAUGCACCCCAAUAAUCAGUCUGCAAGCAUCUCCAGCAGAACUAUUAUUCAGUAGGAUUUUAAGAACUAAAUUACCAAUAGCUAACAAAUUAUUAGAACCCAGACUCCAACAUAAAGUACAAACUAAACUAAAAGCAUUCCAGCAAAAAUACAAAUCCAAUUAUGACAAAACAGCUACCAAAAAAGAAACACAAUUUAAACCUAAUACAAAUAUAUUAAUACAAAAUAAUAAAGUGUGGUCACCGGGGAAGGUCAUAGCUAAGGCAAAUGCACCCAGAUCAUACCUUGUUGAAAACAAUAAUGGUACAAUUAUCAGAAGAAAUACUAAACACUUAAAAAAUACUAAAAUUAAUGUUACAGGAAACAGUAAGGAGGGAAACAUAGAGGGGAAAUCAAAAGUGAAAAAUAAGUCUAACAAAAGUGUCUUGGUGAAAGAGCUAUCAACCAGACCCAUAAGAAAAAAAAAAGUACCUAACAGAUUUAAAAAUUUUGUAAUGUAA